AUGUGUGUUUUUUUGGGUUCAAGAUUUACAAAGCAUGAAAUACAUGAAGCAAAAAAGGAGUUAAGUAAAAAGAGAAAACAUUAUGAUGAUUACGAUGUUUAUGUUUAUUAUAAAAAUCUUUUAGAAUUAGAAAAAAAGAAAAAAAACAAAAAAAGAAAAAUUGUUGAAGAUGAAUUUGAGCCAUGUAAUUAUAUAUCAAGUAUCUAUAAAAGUAAGAAAAUAAAAAAAAAGACUAUUUAUGAUUAUAUUGAUAAAGAUGAUAAUAUUUAUGAGGAUAUAGUAACUAAUGAGAAUUUUGGAGAAGAAAAAAAUUACUCGGACGAUAUUAACUUUACUUUUUUUAACGAAAGUUUAUCAUAUGCAUUAUUAAGGAAUAACAACUAUAUAGACGGUAUUCCUAUUGGGGUUAAUGUUAAAGAGAAAAAUAAUUUUAUGAAAAGUAUAUAUACAAAUGAUGAUAAUAAAAAUGCAUUAUGUCAUUUUCCUUCACCAUCUAUUUCUUAUUCGUCUUCAUGUACUGCGUCUUCUUCCUCUUACUUAAAAUAUGAAGAAAAAUUUACAAAUGAUUUAAAUUUAGAAGAUAAAGGAAUUAAUAAAAAAUAUGAAAAUGAAAUAAAUGAAAAAAAAGAAGAAUUUAAUAAAAUAAAAGACAAAAGUAAGAAUAAAUACUUUAUAAAAAAAAAAAAAAAAAAUACAACAAAAGAAAUGGGACCAAAGUUACCCGAAAUUUUUGAGGAAAUAAGAAAAAAUAUUGGAAACGAAAAUCCCAAUUUUGAUAAAAAUUAUAAACGUUAUGAAAAUACAUAUGUAAAUAUAUUGUCUUAUCAAAACAAUAUGAUUUCAAUUAAAAUGAAAGAACAGAAAGAUUUUGAAAAACAAAUUAAAGAAAUAUAUAAACCAAAAAGUAAUUUUGAAGGAGCUUUUUUUGAUGAAUGUGGAAAUAAUACAGGAAAAAUGCAAAUAAAAUCAUGCAUAUUAGAUAUAAAUUUCUUAGAAAAUGAAAAAGAUAUCAAGAUAAAUGAUUUGAAUAAAUAUUCAAAUUACUAUUUUCCUAUUGAAAGAGAACAAAAAUUUGAAAAAAGUCAUGAUUAUUAUUACACAGAUAGUUAUUUAGAAGGUGAUGCUGAUUCAAAGGAUAAGAGAUUAUAUGAAAAAUAUGUAAGAGAAAUUGAAAAAGUAAAGAGUAAGAAUAAUCUUUUUGAGUUAUGUGAUCCCUUUUUACACAAGCAGGAGAUUUGUGCUUAUUCAAAUUUUUAUGAUUCUCUUUAUAAGAAUAGCAGAAAAAAUUUAGAUAACAAUAAUAUUAAUUCUGGAAAAGUUAAAGAUUUAUAUUUUCAUUAUUAUAAACUAAUAAAUUUAAAUAAUGAUGAACAAGCCAAUAAAGAUGAGUUAAUUAAAAUAUAUAUGCCUAAGAAGAAUUGGGUACAUUUUAAUAAUUACGAAAAUAACAAUUCAUCAAAUAAUAUUUAUGAUUUAAGAAGAAAAAUAAGCUUUAAUAAUGAUUUAAAAAAAAAAAAUAGAUUCAUUUUAUUUUGCAAAACUAAAGAAAAUAAUGUUAAAAUUAAAAAUAUUUUUAAUAUAAAGGAAUUUGAAGAAUUUAAUGAAUUAAUGAAGCAAUUAAAAAUGUAUGAUAUUGACUUUUACAAAAAAGAAAUAAUAAAUGAAGAUUUACAUACGAAUUUUCAAAUAGAAACAUACGAUUUCUCUAAAUAUAUUUGUGAAAAAUUAAAUAUUUCAAAUGUGUAUGGCAAAAAUAAAGAUCCAAAAAAAACAGAGUUAAAAAACGAUUUUUUUCCUAAAAUUCCUCAGUUUGUUUUCGAAGCUAUUUUUUAUUCCUAA